AUGGCAUUUAUUGAAGAAAAUGAAAUUUUAAAUAAAAAUAUAAAUAAAAAUGGAAUAGAUUAUGAAGUUGAUGAAAAAUUACAAAAUUCUUAUUUUAAUAAUUUUCAACCAAUGAGAAUUGAAGAAGAAAUUAAAAUUAAAAAUGAACAAAAAAAAGCAUGGAUUUCACUAACUUUAUUUAUUUUAGGAUUUUUCUUUAUUAUACCAUGGAGGUAA